AUGGACCUGGCCAACACUUUCGGCCAUUUUGAGCUCAUCAACUACCAGCUCAAGCAGCUGCGCGCCGCGUUUGCCCUGGCCACCGUCCUGGGCCGCGCCGUCAUCCUGCCGGAGCUGUGGUGCGGCCUGGACCGCUACUGGGCCCCCCACCCCGGCACGCUGCCCGGCUCGCGCUUCAAGCUGCCCUUCCUCUGCCCUGCGGACCACAUACUGGACCUGGAGAACGGCCUUGCACGGAAGCUGGACAAGGAGGAGUUUGGCCCCGACAUCGCGUACCGCGAGCACUCGUUCCUCAACCACAGCGCGCUGCCCGACGUGGUGCGCGGCAGCGUGGUGCACGUGGUGUCCUGCAGGCACGGCUCCGUGGGCUGCGCCACGGGGGACAACCCUGCCACCCUGGAAUUCAACAGGCUCUUCGUGGAGGAGCGACUGGACUCAGACCGCCUCGCCAUGGCGCUGUCGUCUGUGGCCAGCAUAUCAGUGCUCAACUUCACCUCCAUAGGCAGCGCCUUUGGCAACUUCAGCCGCCCCGCCGACUUCACGCGCUUCCAGCGGCGGAUGGCGCAGUACGGCGCGGUGUGGUGCUGCGUCGAUGCGCACCCGGGGCACGUGCACUACGACCUCUGGUGGGACACGCACCACACCGACAAGUUCGGCCGCAAGUGGGGCGCUGGCACCUGGCGGCCAAAGACGGGGCCGUGA